AUGGACGGGCGGACGGGCGUCUUCCGGAACCAGCCAGCUCCAGGCACCUGGCACGGGGCAGGCUCUCCCGACCCUGCUCUGUCCUCCCGCGUCCACGUCUGGCACAAGGCCACUCCUGGGUCUGCGCAGAGGAAAGCAUGUGCACACAGACUCUGGGCGAAGGGAAAGUUCGCUUUGGUUUGGUUUGUUUGCCUGAUCUGCCCUCUCUCCCUCCCGCCAGUGAAGAUAGUGAUCCGAGGCGACAGGAACACGGGCAAGACCGCGCUGUGGCACCGGCUGCAGGGCAAGAAGUUCGUGGAGGAGUACAUCCCCACCCAGGAGAUCCAGGUCACCAGCAUCCACUGGAGCUACAAAACCACUGAUGACAUCGUGAAAGUGGAGGUCUGGGAUGUAGUGGACAAAGGAAAAUGUAAAAAGCGGGGUGAUGGCUUGAAGAUGGAGAACGACCCCCAGGAGGCAGAGUCUGAGAUGGCCCUGGACGCCGAGUUCCUGGACGUGUACAAGAACUGCAACGGGGUGGUCAUGAUGUUCGACAUCACCAAGCAGUGGACCUUCAGCUACAUCCUGCGGGAGCUCCCCAAGGUGCCGACCCACGUGCCCGUGUGCGUGCUGGGGAACUACCGCGACAUGGGCGAGCACCGCGUCAUCUUGCCUGACGACGUGCGUGACCUCAUGGACCGCCUGGACAGACCACCGGGCUCCUCCUAUUUCCGCUACGCCGAGUCCUCCAUGAAGAACAGCUUUGGCCUCAAGUACCUUCACAAGUUCUUCAACAUCCCCUUCCUGCAGCUGCAGAGAGAAACGCUGCUGCGGCAGCUGGAGACAAACCAGCUGGACAUCGACGCCACGCUGGAGGAGCUGUCGGUGCAGCAGGAGACCGAGGACCAGAACUACAGCAUCUUCCUGGAGAUGAUGGAGGCGCGAAGCCGAGGCCACACGUCCCCGCUGGCGGCCAACGGGCAGAGCCCGUCCUCCGGCUCCCAGUCACCUGUGGUACCUCCCGUGGCCCCCGCUCCAGCCCCGAGACGCAGCAUCAUCUCCCGGCUGUUUGGGACCUCGCCAGCUGCCGAGGUGGCCCCUCCCCCCCCAGAUCCGACUCCGGCUGCAGAGGCCCCAGCGAAAGUCCAGGACGUCGAGGAAUUUGUUCCUGGGGACGGCCUUGACCACAGCUUCCUGGAUGACGUGGCCCCCCCGAAGGAUGAGAGGACAGUUGCGGCCGAGGCCCCUCAGGACAGCGACAGUGACGGGGAGGCCCCCGGAGGGAACCCAAUGGUGGCGGGUUUCCAGGACGAUGUGGACCUGGAAGACAAGCCGCCCAGCAGGCCCCUGCUGCCCGUCUCCAGGGAGAACACUCUUUCCAAUGAAGAGGCAGCAGGACCCCCCAAGGCCGCUGCCCUGGCCCCCCAGAAGUGCUCCGAGCCAGAGACCACACAGCCCCCCACAAAGGCCCCGAGGCCGCACAAGCGCGCAGAGCCCUCGAGGGCGCCCAACGGGAAGGACGAACUGGCAGCCUCGUCAGAGAGUGACCCUGAGGGGCCCAUCGCUGCGCAGAUGUUGUCCUUUGUCAUGGAUGACCCCGACUUUGAGAGCGACUCGGACACACUACGGAGAGCGGACGAGUUCCCGGUGCGGGAGGAUCUCUCCGACAUGACGGACGAGGACACGGUGAAGGAUGACUUGGAUCUCUUUGGCCUGGGGCUGGAGGAGCCCGGCCAGAAGGCGAGCAGCAGUGAAGUGUGCCUGUUCCCGAGGGACCAGUCCCACGGGCAGGCCGGGGGGGCGGGCAGGCCGAAGAAGAAGAAGAAGAAGAAAGACAAGGAGGAGGAAGAAAAGGCGGCCAAGAAGAAGAGCAAGCACAAGAAGGGCAAGGACCGCGAGGAGGGCCGCGAGGACCGGAAGCAGCGCAGGGGCAAGAGGGCGGCGGACGAGCUGGAAGCCUUCCUGGGGGGCGGGGGGCCUCAGGACUGGGGCCUGGAGCAUCCAGCUGUCCCCAGUGAGGCGGCCCUGGCUGCGCGGGGGAGGGGCUCCAUGCAGCCUCCUCGCAGGGGAGCAGGAGACUGGGCAGAGCUGGCUGGGCCAGCGAGGGCUUGCUCUGCACUUGUCACCAGCGGCUAUGGCGCCAGCAGCGAUAAAGUCGGACAUUAG